GCCGCUCGACGCCGAACGGUGCGGCCAUCAAGCAGCGUGGCACGAGGGCAUCCUCCUUGACAUCCCCGAGACUGGGCGCCGCUUGGCCUGUGGAAGAGCUCCUGUGGAGGAUUCUGGCCGAUAGCACGACGUUUGCCAAAUUCCUAGGUGAGUGCCGUGUGGCCCUCCCAGAGGAGGGAUGGUGCUUGAAAGGAUUUGUCUCGGAAGGUGUCUGGACGAACUUCCUCCUGCCUGGAGACUGGGUCGGCUUUCUGGCUGUACGACUGCGAGGCCGCAUGGUGAUGGCGCAGCUCGUGGGCCUGCGAAUGGGGGCCGUGAGCCGGGCUUUCCGUGCCAUGGGUACGCCCUCGGACUACAGCUUCACCUACAGCUUCUACCUGCGCUGCUGCGGGCUCCAUGCGCAGCACGAGCAGCUGGCAAGGGGCUCCUGGAGAAACUCUGGGGUCUUCCGGGCCUUCUUCUUAGGGAAGAAGGUGGAGUGGAAGGGCAAAGUCCGCUGGAGCCAGCAAACCGUCACAGCGGACACGGUGAGCGUCCACAUGAAGCUGCACGAGCACGUCUACGGUGAGCCACUGCUUCUCAUGGCAGCACCCGGCAUGCUCGCAAGAGGACCCCCUCUGAGCCCUGGCGCCUGGAUCUUGCCACUUGGUGGCAGGCAGCCUCUCCAGUUCACAGAGGAGGAGCAUGGUCCAGCGUCGGACAGUGAAACGGACACAGCCCCGGAAACGGAGGAGGUGGAGUCCUCAUCGGACGAGCGGUGGAACCGACGAGUGGAGUCGGAUGCAUCCGUGGCGCCAUCGCCCACGACCGUCAUAGCCAGUGAGGAGGCCAAGCGGAAGGCGGACGGCAGCCCUGAGACCGACAGUGACCGGGUCUGUGUCAUCUGCCAGGGGUUGCUGGGCUCGGGUGCCUGCUCCGAGCCGGAAAACAGCCGGGAGCUCGACCGAGCUCUGUCAGAGCUAUCACAGCGUGAGACAGAGGAGAAGCUGAAGAAACAGCUCGCCACCUUGGAGACCAAGGCCAAGGACCUUGAGGUGGAACGCUCGGAGCUGACAAAGGAGCGAGACCAGCUGGACUUGAAGCUGCGGAAAGCAGAGGCGGAAUGCAGCAGCAAGGAAGCUCGCCUGAAUCGGCUCAUGGAGGAGAGCGACAAGUGGAAGGCGCCGCCUGGUUCCCAGGCUGCUCCGCUGAAAGUGGGCUCCGGAGCUGCUGCCGCGACUGCGAACGUCCAGGACGCAGAAAGACGAGAGGAGCGCGACCGGGUCGCCUCUGACCGCAAAGAAGUAGACCGCUUGACCGGAGAGAUCAACGCCUUCAAGAAGCAGAUGAAGCUCAUCGAGGUGCUGAAGAGGCAGCGGGCUCACAUGGAGGCGGCGCGCGUCCUGUCCUUUACCGAGGACCUGCUGGGAAAGCAUGCUGAUGAGUUCAUUCGCAUCCUCGAACUGGGGGAGAAGCUGGGGGAAUGGUGGGGAAGUGUCACCUCCGGGUCGCAGGACCAUCGGUACCCGCAGGCCAGGAAAAGAAGCGCAUCGCUCGGCUCGUCAGUCAGAUUCGAUGGCGACUUAUCGAAUGUUGACGCUCGUCUGGGCAAUUACGACACAGUAGAGCGGGUAGGACGACGGCAUGGUAUACCAUGUACCACAGUCCAUCCAGGACAUCCAGUGUUGAUGUGA